UCGUCUGAGCCAUCACGAGUCCUUUAAAUCCUCCUCUGAUGCUCACACGGAUAAGUGUACAGAUAAAUUUGAGGAUCUAUUCUCGCUCCUAUAAAGUCAAUAUUUAAUAGCGAAAGAGAAAGAAAGAAAGGACGAGUCGAGUAUGUGAGAAACGCGAAGAGUGGUCGCGCGGCGAUACCGAUUGCGAUACCGGAAAUGACAAAGUGUACAAAUUUUCAAGAUUUAUUGUAAAACAAUCAGCGAUAUAAGGAAGAGACGACCAUUUCGCGAAGUGUAAGACAGCGAUCGUCGUCGUAUGACGAGUUACAGGGCAAUUUACGGCGAAAUGACACCCAACCUAUCCAGCACCACCUUGACGGUGGAGGCGACUUCGACCGAGUCGAAGAAUUUCUGUGUCAAGAGUGCCGAAAAUGAGAAACCACAGCCGGAGACGAAACUGCGGGAAGAGUGGGAAGGAGAGUUAUUCAAGACGCCGAUAAUAUGGAAAAACGUCAUCAGCAUCGCCAUUUUCCACAUCAUGUCGAUUUACACCCUGCUCACGUUUCCUUACUUAGAUUGCAAGCGGACCAUACUUUGGGGAGUGUUCGUGGGAAUGAUGGCUGGAUUUGGAAUCACUGGCGGUGUUCAUCGAUAUUGGACGCAUCGAUCAUUUAAGGCCAAUAUCCCUUUGCGAAUCAUCCUUCUGAUCUGCUUUUGUACGGCUGGACAGAAUUCGGUCUACAAUUGGGUACGAGAUCACCGAGUUCAUCACAAAUUUUCGGAAACGGAUGCUGAUCCGCACAACAGUAAUCGCGGUUUCUUUUUCUCUCAUGUCGGAUGGCUCAUGACGAAGAAGCAUCCCGAAGUUCUUCGGAAGGGCCGACAAAUAGACAUGAGUGACGUCCUGGAAGAUCCUGUCGUCCAAUUUGGCGAAAAGUACUUUCUGCUGCUGAAACUGAUUUUCGCUUUCCUCCUGCCCAUACUCGUGCCAGUGUAUUUCUGGAAUGAAACCUGGUACAUAUCCAGCAUGAGCCAGCUCUUCGUCCGAUACGUAGCUGGAUUAAACAUUACAUGGAGUGUAAACAGUGCGGCUCAUCUUUGGGGCUCAAAACCAUACGACAAGAGCAUAGCCCCGGUGGAGAACAUGGCCGUUGCGUAUCUGGCGAUGGGGGAAGGUUGGCACAACUACCACCACGUUUUUCCAUGGGAUUACAAGGCAGCCGAGCUAGGGAAUUAUUCCCUGAAUAGCACCACUGCGAUCAUCGACAUGUUCGCGAAAAUUGGGUGGGCGUACGACUUGAAGCAGCCAUCGAAGGACCUGAUCGAAAGGGUGGCUUUGCAGAGAGGAGAUGGAAGUCGCGAACAUUGGGCCGAAGUUCCCGAACCAAAAAGCGAAUGAGACGAUGAAGGACUAGUCCAAAAAGUUUUGAAGAUUUUCGAAAAGUACCCGCGAGUCUUCGCGUUAAAUUGCCCUGACUCCCAACUCUAGUUUACAUAUUUAGUUCUUAUUGACCACUCAUCAGGGAUGAGUUGUGCAACGUUCGAAAAGGUGCCUUCUAAAGUAUCUUUGUAAAGUGCGUGAAAUCGUUCAGUCCCGGCAAUUAUUUAAAUAGAGUCAUUUAUUGUUUAAAUAGAGUCAUUAUUUAAAUAAAGCCAUGCACGUUAGGCGUACAUAAUGCGGAAGGACACCUUUUACCUGUACUUUUUUAUGUGCGUGCAAGUCUUGCAUGCGACAUUGUAUAUUUGCGUUUAUUGUGAUAUUGUGAUUGUGAAAAUAUAGAUAUGU